UUUGGCCAGCACUCAUUUCGUUAUUAGUUGCCAUGUCCGAAGGAGGACCCACUGAGGAGCAAUUGCUUGAGCUUCGGCGCAUCCUUCUACUGACCGUUUAUAAAAACACUCUGAAUCAGCUGAUCCUGCAGCAGCGUUCCCAGCGCUUAAAUGCCAAGAAACCGAUUUCGUUGCCCGCUUCUCUGCGGAGACGUCGCAGUUCGUCGAUGGGUGAAAAGGAAAAACCUGAACGUAUUCUCAUAACGGGCAAGGUCCUUCCCCGUCUGGAGUCCCUGCUGGGUGAACCGGAGAAUGAUGCCGAUCUGUUGGAUGAAGAUGUCCUGAAUGCCUUGAAAUUUGAGAGGGAUAUGGAUGCCUUGCGAGCGAUUUUCGAAGUGGCCAUAAAUGAUCCGGAUUUGAAGGAGAAAAGUUUGACAGAUGUUAAGGAUUUGGUUUCGGAAGAUGAGAAAGCUUCUUUAGAAGAUGAUAAAGAUCUGGAUAGGACUUGUCAGAAUAUAACAAUCAUGAAUUUGCAAAUUAAUGAAGACCUGAGGUCAUUUGACGAUGAACAUUUGUUGGAUAUUAAGCCGGAUGUGGGUGAAGGGGAGGAAACGGAGUUAGUCGAGGGCAAAGAUUUCUUGCCUCAAGAAUCUAAAGAAGGAGAAUUGACUACACAGGGGGAUAUAGGUCUGGAAAAUCUAAGGAAAGCCAUAUCUGCCUUGGGUGGCAAUAAAAGCGAAGAGUCCCAGGCUGCUCAGCAGCUACAGGAGUCCAAGGACGAACUGAAAAAACUUAAAGAAGACCUCGAAACCGAAAAGCAUGUUACCAUGGAAAAGUUACAGGACCUGGAGGAACGCAUUGCCGACACGAAAUAUAAGCUCCGCUGUGUUUCCAGGGUCAAUGACCUUGAGUACAGCUUAGUACAACGAUGGGAGGAGGGUCGUCUGGCCCAAGGAACCAUUUGGGGUGAAAAUGCAGAACGGGCUUACUUACGAGAUAUUUUGGACAUCAAACAGAAGUUGGCACGUGAGGAGCGAGUCAGUGCUGAACUCCGUUCUUUUCGACAACGGGAAAUCCUGGAGUUGAAGGCAAAGAUUAAGCAAUGGCAGGAGCGGUACAUAAGCGAAAUCCGUCGGGUUGAUCGUGAAGCGGAAGCCUGGGAACUACGCAUCCUAGAACAGCAAAAGCUGCUUCAGCGGAACCGCGAGAUCUACGAAGAACGGAUGACCUAUGUCCAGGAGUAUCGGGCCCAAAAGGAGGAAGAGCAGCGGCUUCUUAAUCUCCAGAUUCAUCGCAUUGAGUGCGCUGUAAGACUGCAGGCCUGGUGGCGCGGUACCAUGGUCCGACGCGGUCUGGGACCGUUUAAGAAAAAACCCAAACGCGGCAAACGAGGAAAGCCCAAAAAAUAA